AUGAAGAUUUUUGAUAUUGAUUGCACUGAUUCAGAUAAAGUGUGGGAGGAGCAGAUGAACACAGGUCACUUCAGGCAUGAAGUUGUCAGCAUUCCCUCCAACUGUCAGAAGAAGGCUGUGCACUGGCCAGGACAGCACACAUACUUCCAAGUUCUUUUCAGCCUUCAGCUUCCUACAUUUGCUGAAGGAAAGGGUCAAAUCCACCAUACAAAUCCAACAAAGAUAGUGGCCCCCAACUCCACUUUUAAAGAGACAGGAGAUAAUCUCACAGUUAGAACAAUCAAUGCACUAUGAAACGCUGAGAGAGCUCUGGGGAUCACAACAUACAGUUAGGACUUCACAGGAAGAGGUCCUAUGAGUCCACUUAUUCUGGAUAACUAUUAAGUUGGCAGAUUAAGUGGAGAACAAGGUGAAGACAUUGAACUAAUGAAAACAUUUCAGUCUAGUCUCUCAUGAGCAGCACUUCUUGAAGGAUGUACUGCACGUUUACUUCAAGGUCUGCCCCAUGAAUCAAUUCCACAAGAACUGCACUCCUCCAGUGCUCAGAUGCUUCUGCCUUUAUUCAAUGUUCCUACUGUUGUAGCCAGCAACUCAAAUACAAUAAAACCAGUGGCCAGUCUAGGUCAGCAGCAUGAAGUGACAGAAAAAGCAUUGCAGCUUACAACAAGGCCUGAACUUGAAUCCCUUCCAAAAUUUGCAUCAUGUCAGCCUGCAUGGAGACCAGAGGAUGGGCCAGGAGAGCCAUCACUGCCUGAAUGGAUCCAUAGCUGUCAGGUUCCUUGGCACCAGGUAACUCUGGAACUGCAGCAUUCCUCCUCUAAGACAACAGCCCAAAAAUAUUUUCAUGAUUUCAUACCAGGAGAGACAAAAGAGCUCAGAAAUACCAUGACUGAGGGAAAGAGACACAAAUUCUAUGGUUUCAAUGUUAUUUUAUUCCUUUAA